AUGGCCUCCGACUCAUUAGAGAUACCGUUUAUCGCCGCGGCGAGAACGCCGGACGUCAGCGCGCUGGAAACGCCGGCGCUUCUAAUCAAGACGGCCGAUCGAUCGGCCGCGGUGACCGAGAUAGAGAAAUCCGGGAAAGAAGCCGCGGUGGUUUCCGCGGCGGAAGUGACCGUACGAGCAGAAGCCGGAGGAGGGAGCGUCUCGUCGGACGCGCCAUCAAUCGGGCCGAUUAGCCCGGCGGAAGGACGUGCCGGUUCGGCCGUGCCGAUCAUCGAUCCGCUUCCUCAAAGGAGCAGCGAGCCCGCUCGAGAUGUCCUCGAGAAUACCACGGCGGAGAAUGUCGACGACUCAUCGGCCGGUACCGCCCUACCCUCGUGGCCUGUGAAGCACAGCGCGGUGGUCGAGGGCGAUCUCGUCCUCGGUGGAUUAAUGAUGGUCCACGAGCGGGAGGACACGAUCACGUGCGGCCCUGUGAUGCCACAGGGCGGAGUGCAGGCCCUGGAGGCGAUGCUGUAUACGCUGGACACGCUCAACGAGCAGGAGAUCGUGCCAGGUGUCAAGAUCGGGGCGCACAUACUCGACGACUGUGACAAGGACACGUACGGCCUUGAGAUGGCGGUGGAUUUCAUUAAAGGAUCGAUCAGCAACAUAGACGGCGCGGAAUACCACUGCAACAAGACCGCCGUGCGGAAGAUAAUCAGCGGUGUGGUCGGCGCGGCCAGUUCGGUGACGUCGAUUCAAGUCGCCAACCUCCUACGGCUGUUUAGAAUUCCGCAAGUCUCCUUUUUCUCAACGAGCCCGGAACUUUCCAACAAACAACGCUUCGAGUAUUUCACCCGCACUAUACCAAGCGAUCACUAUCAAGUCAAAGCGAUGGUCGACAUCGUAUUGAAGAUGGGCUGGAGCUACGUUUCCAUCAUAUACGAGGAGAGCAACUAUGGUAUAAAGGCUUUCGAGGAACUCGAGGAACUUCUCGGCAAAAAUAACAUAUGUAUCGCCGUCAAAGAAAAGUUGGUAAAGGAUUCCGGGGUCGCCGAGGAGACAGCCUACGAUAAUAUAGUCUUGAAACUGCUGACAAAGCCACGAGCACGAGGUUGCAUCAUCUUCGGCUCCGAUCAAGAGGUGGCCGGAGUCAUGAGAGCGGUGAGUCGGCGCAACGCGACCGGUGCUUUUUCCUGGAUCGGAAGCGACGGCUGGAGCGCGAGAGGAUUAGUGAGUAACGGUAACGAGCCGGAAGUUGAGGGCACUCUAUCGGUCCAACCUCAGGCGAACCGUGUUAAGGGCUUCGAAGAGUACUUCCUCAACUUGACCGUCGAGAACAAUCGGAGGAACCCGUGGUUCGUCGAAUUUUGGGAAGACCACUUUAAAUGCCGAUACCCGAACUCAUCCCGGACACCGUACAACAAAAAAUACACGAAAACUUGCACGACGAAGGAACGUCUCACCAAACAAGACACGGCAUUCGAGGACCAGCUACAGUUCGUUUCCGACGCAGUAAUGGCAUUCGCUUACGCUUUCCGGGACAUGCAUCACGAUCUUUGCCAGGGCAGGGCAGGCUUGUGCGACGCCAUGAAACCGACGAACGGAACAAAGCUCUUGCAGUAUCUGCGCAAGGUGGAUUUCAAGGGUCUGAGCGGAGACGAGUUCAGAUUCGAUAAGGACGGCGACGGUCCCGCAAGAUACAACAUCAUACACUUCAAGCAAACCGAGCGGGGCAAGUACAAAUGGGUUCGCGUGGGCAAAUACCUGGAGGGCGAGUUGCGGCUGAACAUGUCCGAAAUCCAAUUUAAGCUCGGGCAUCCGCAGCCACCCGAGAGCGUGUGCUCUUUGCCCUGCGAGGUCGGCCAGGCGAAGAAAUAUGUCGAGGGUGAGGGAUGCUGCUGGCAUUGCUUUAAUUGCACUCAAUAUCAGAUACGGGAUCCCAAAGACGAGACACAAUGCAGCCAGUGUCGUCAAGGCACGGUGCCGGACGAGACCCACUCGACGUGCCGCGAGAUACCGGAGGAAUUCCUGCGUCCGGAGAGCGGUUGGGCGAUAGGCGCGAUGUUCUUCUCAGCCGUGGGAAUUCUCGUGACGUUAUUUGUCUGCGGCGUUUUCCUCAGACACAACGACACGCCAGUCGUACGUGCAUCCGGACGCGAACUAUCUUACGUCCUUCUCGUGGGAAUACUACUUUGUUACCUCGUCACGUUCACCCUAGUACUCAGACCCACGAACGCUGUCUGCGGCAUUCAAAGACUCGCCGCAGGACUCUGUUUCACCGUGGUGUACGCGGCACUGUUAACGAAGACCAACCGGAUCGCGAGGAUCUUCAAUGAUGGCAGACAAAGCGCCAAGAGACCUUCAUUCAUAUCGCCACGCUCGCAGCUCAUCAUCUGCUUCGGAUUGGUAUCCGUGCAAAUCUUAAUUAACAUAGUCUGGAUACUGAUCGAUCCCGCCAGAGCGAUGCAUCAUCAUCCCACGAUGGAGGAUAAUUUGCUCGUCUGCAACAGCUACAUCGACGCCAGCUACAUGAUCGCGUUCGCGUAUCCUAUAAUACUGAUAGCCGUGUGCACCGUAUAUGCCGUCCUCACGAGGAAAAUUCCAGAAGCUUUCAACGAGAGCAAGCACAUCGGUUUCGCCAUGUACACGACGUGCGUCAUAUGGCUCGCAUUCGUGCCGUUGUACUUCGGCACCGGCAACAACGUCGCGCUGAGAAUUACUUCCAUGUCGGUAACAAUCAGUCUUUCCGCGUCCGUAAUGGUGGUUUGCCUCUUCAGUCCAAAGCUGUACAUUAUUCUGAUCCGACCCGAGAGAAACGUACGGCCGAACAUAAAGGCGGGGCGGCCCAACUUGACGAAAAGCUCGGCGAUAACCGCCACGAAUCCGUCGAGCAUGAUGGGCCCGGUCGCGGCGACGACGGUGCUCACGGCCGCGACCUGCGACCAGAACAAAGCCAUCAAGAAACAUAUCGCAUCCACCAUAGACUGUUCCACGCAGAGCGAAUAUUACGAAAUGGAAGUAAAGGAGCAGAAAAAUGGAAAGCCGCUGGCGACAUGCGCUUCGCGAUCGACCCAAACGACCAACAACGAAAAGGAAUCGACGAGUACGACGACGACGACGAUGGCAACGACGACGACGACGACGACGGCAAUGACGACGUCGUCGUCGUCGACGGCAACCGUCAUCGCGGCGGGCAGUAAAGAAUCGCCGGACGUGGUCGCGUCCGCCUGCAACAAGGAACCAAAGAACAGCACAACGACAAAACGGCUCAACAGCAACGCAAGAAUAGGUAACGGGCCGCUUUCGCAAAGCGAAGUCUCCUUAUAGCGCAAGGUGGGAUCCCCCAUAAAGUCGCCCGUGUUAACGAAUCGCAUUAGUUUAAAGCCGAUCUCGAAGAAACCUGUUAUUGUCUGAUCAGAAUCUCGCUCUGCAUAUUGUACAUAUUAUUACUAUUGACUGAUAUUGGCUGUACAAUGCGUUUGUCUCGACGUGACGAGGGAGGCAAAGUCUCCGUUAAAUUGUCUUCAAGAACCUACACUCGUCGUCAACCGCCCGUCACGCCAAAUAGUCCGACACUGCGGACUUCGAGUUAACUAUAUUAUAUAUCGUUAAAUUAAAACUACGAUGAUAAGUUUGAGAACGAACGAGGGAGCACAUCAGUGACUAACAAGUGAUAUCUCGUAUGUAAGAGAUCGGUAAUUUUUUUCAGGAGAAACGAGGUAACUGUUUUGAAAAUUUGAGACAUUAUUAUCUUCCUGCAGCAAAUUCUUAGUUCCUAUCGUCAUAUUUUGUAAUGUUCUUUUUAAGAUUUCAAUCAAAAGUAAAACGUUUUUAAGAAAUCGAGAGAAAGAAAAAUUGAAUUCGUUGAACGAACAAUUUGAAAAUCCAGCUAUUUUUGAAGAUACGAGAUGCCACUUUUUAAUCGUCGAUGUAUAUUACCCGUGAAUUUUGGAUCUCUACGAUUACAAUUCGGAGAUAAAUGAAAUUUGUUAUGUUAACUUCGUUCACGUGCCUGACGCGUAAUUUUGCGUAUGAGAGACACGUGACAUUGUGCAUUCUGUUAGGCUGAUUUCAAUGUGGAUUUAUCGAGAGGUAUCGAUUCAAAUUUUAGAGAUAUCUAUGAUGAGAUUCAAUAGAUAUUGCAAAUCUUAUCGUUAAUCAUACAAGAUACUAUGCACGAUGAAAGGGGGACUCUUGUAUGAUUUAUAAAUAAUAUAUUUCGCUAUCUUGUAUUCUCCGAACUGACAUAUUCUCGAAUAGACACAUAGAUAUCGAUCCUUUCGAAGUAAGAAUCUUUGCAAUUCUGAUUCUAAACGAGAACAGAAUUCGUCUUAACACUUUGCUCACACGCAUGAUGUGUAGUAUUAGCGGAUGAAAAUUGACGUUUGACAUUAUUGUAUGCAUUUUGUCGGACUUUAAUUUGAAUGUACAUCUUUUUGCGAGAAAUAUCAAUUGCCGUUUUAAAAAUAUCUACGGCAAUUCGUAGAUAAUGAGCGUUCUGAUAUGUCUUGUUUGUGUGAAAAAAAAAAUGUGAUAUAGAAUUUACUGAAUAUCGGGUGAGUCAAGAAAGUUCGGUGCGAUUUUUAAUUCGAUAAUAAACUAGCCACCUUCUAUGAUAGAGGUGCACGAAUGCUGCCAGAACGUCGAUAAAGUAUUACAGACGAGAACGAUUACUUGAAUUAAUAAAUUGUUUCUACUGAAUGCAAUAAAAUAAAAAUUGAUUAAAAUAUCGAGUCGAACUUUUCGAUUUGACUCUAUAUGUUCUGUAUUUUAAUCUACAUGUAUUUUCAUGAAUUUAAUCGUCUUACGCGUCUUUCUUAAUUUCACACACACACACACACACACACACACGCGCGCGCGCGCGCGCGCGUGCGCACACACGUACACACAUAUACACAAGCAGUAUCAACUUAUAUAAUUAUUUAUGAACAAAUUUCGUAUAUUAUCUCUUUGUACAUAUUCGCAUAUCUUGACAUCGGAGAUUAUUUUCCGACAAAGAUGUUGAUUAAAAACAAGAGGCUAUAAAACAUAGAUAUGUAAAUACAAUUCGACGAGUGAAAGAAAUUGUCUCGUCUCGGGAAGCGAAAGCUGUUGCUGAAAGGAGUAUAAAAGCUACAUUUAUUUGUUAAAAUCUGUAAGUUUUCUAAAAGAAACUACCAUUAAGCACAACGUUCCGUAUCACAACGUUGCACUCGACUAAUGUAAAUAUCAAUUUGUAAAUAUGUAAACUUUUAGAAGUGGAUAGUCUCUCUACCCAAUGAGAGCACACUUCACACAUAUGUUAUUUGAUAUUUAAUUGAAAAUAUGAGCACAUACAUUUUAGAAUAAAAAUAUCCUCACUCUUCAUUCUUUAGGUACUAUUUUCUGCAGACUAUAGGAAUUGCUCUUCGUAGAAGUAACAUCCGAAAAUUGCAUAUUAUCGUAACGUGCGAAUGUGUAUCUUCACAGAAGCGUUACUCUUGUCAUUGUUAAAAUUCGAUGAAAUAUGUUAUAACAUAAAUCUCAGCGAUGUCUGUGGUAAAAUCUGUGUUAAUAUUAUAUCAUGUCAAUUUUAAUUUUAUUCACACAGAAUAAACAUAUCCAGAGAUCUUUACUGUUUCAUUCGGUAUUGGUUUCUUUUCCGCUGGACUUUGGAUAUAAAUGAGCCCAAAUAUCCAUAGUUUGGCAUUCGCAUUUAACUAUACGUAUCACGUGAACAGCGUAUCAUUUUUGUCAAUUUUUGUCAACACACGAAUAAUAUUAAGCUAGAAAAUUAGUGAAUAAAAGUUAGCGUUUGCGGUAUCAUCGUAUCGAAAGAUACUUCCGAUGUAAAUUUACGUACGCGCAUAUUAAGCGAACAUUAACAUCUAAGAUUUAUAAAAGUCUAAACGAACUAUAUAUAUUAUGUAAAAAUCAGUCCGAAGCAACGCAAGAAAAAUGUACAUUCUGCUGCUUCUAAAUAGAUAUUCCGCGUAUGCAUGUACAUAUUCAAGAAAUUAAGUAUAAAUAGAUA